AUGGAGCGAGAACUUUACGAAGAUGUAGUCUCGAGACUGGCUCAGAUGGAGAAGCUGGUGGAGGAGCUCCAAACCUCAAAGCCAGAGCAGGAGGCAUCAGCAACCGUGUCGCCCCGACCGUCGGCAACGCCGUCGUCGGUACAGCAGUCUCCCUUGCCGAGGCGAAAGGCCAGCAGUACGAGCCCUUCGUCAGGUAACCCGGACUCUUGUCCCUCGCCGCCGUCGGCCACAUCGUCGAUAAAGUCAAGGCCGUACUAUAUCGGCGCCGCUGAUGACACAUCGGUUAUCGCAGCAGGCGCCUCCUCUCUGCUUUCAACGCAAGGCCUGGCCCAGAUUGAGCUUCUCAUUGGAGACGCUAGAUUCACCAAUGCUCUGCUUAGUCUACGGACAAAGGUUGUAGAUCUACACCGAAAACCAUUCUUGAGCCUUGCCGAUCUGAACCACCCCUUACCUCCUGACCAUGUCAUCAUAGACUACGUGAACGAGUUUCUCGCGACGUGGAACGUCAGCAUCCGGCUCUUCCAGGACCACGAGUUGCGAGACGCGCUACGGUCCCACACUCAAGGUCAGCCUCCUGACGACCCAGGUUGGCUGAUGGCCCUCAAUGCCAUCAUCGCACAUGUUAUCCGCAACAGGAAUUGUAUGCGGAACAAGGAGGAGUACCAAAAAUACAUCCACAAUGCCCUCGGGAUGGUUCCCAACAUCAUCCUACGCACGCCGACGCCCAUGACAAUAGGGGCACUUUUGUUGACCGUCAAGUACUUCAACUUCACGUCCGAGAAUCACAUCUCCAUGAGUCUCAUGGGCCUCACUGUACAGCUCCUUAUGAUGGCGGGCUAUCACCGCCUCGAGAACUACCCAUCCCACCCAGACCUGCAGAUCGACCCUGUGAACCGCCUCCACCGUCGCCGCCUCUUCUGGCGAGCGUAUAUCAUCGACCACGACCUCAUGCUACGGAUGGGCAAGCCCCCGCUCAUCGGCGACGACUUCCUCCUCGACCUGCCCGAGGAGCACCCGGCAGACGGCUACGGCAUGUACUACUACCCUGACGGUGUGACGCUCAACUUUUUCCGCCAGCAGGUCCGCCUCGCCCAGAUCCAGGGUCACAUUGCAGCUGCGCUGUACCACCGCAUCGACGCGCCGCCCGCCGAGCUCGAGGCCGAGAUCCGCCGCCUGGAUGCCGAGCUGCAGGAGUGGCGCGAGAGUAUCCCCCCCAUGAUCCGCGCCGAAAAUGCCGAAGCGCUGCUAGACGGCGACUAUUACAGGAUGCUGGGCCUGACAGUGCUCCACUUCACAUACUUCCAGCUCAUCGUGGCCAUCCACUCGGCCGCUUUCAGGUUGCCUUCGCUGGGGGAUCAGGAGGGCACAGAAACCAUCGACAUAGGCCCGAGUCUUGCUCUGUGCGUGAGCGCGUCGCGCGCCUCCAUCUCGCUCUUGAAUUACCAUCAGAUUGAACAUGUGUUCACACCGUAUCUACUGUAUCAAGUCGCUUGGAGCGUAGACAUCCUCUUUGUCAACAUCAUCCAGAACAGGACGAACCCCCGCGCGCAUCGCGAUCUUGAGCUCAUUCGCAACGUGAUCGGCUUCUUCGAGAAGUACGACCCGCUGCACCAGUCGGUGAUAGCGUACCACACCAUCAAAGUCAUAGCCGACGUCGCCGCUUCCGUCCUGGCGAAUACCCCAACGCUGCCGCCGCACAUGCUCCCCGCCCCCCUCGGGCCCUCGCCCAUUCCCGAACAGCCCCAACAAGCCGCUCCGUUAACGGCGGGGAUACCCGUGGAUGCCUUCUCAUCCCCUAUGGGAGGAGCUGGACUGGUCGGUAGUGGCGGUAUCAAUAGUGGCACUACCGACAUGUUGCGUUCCAUGACGACCCUUUCCAUGUCUGGCACGCCGCCGCCGCCGCCGCCGCCGCCGCAGCAGCAGCAGCAGCAGGGCUUUAUGGGCAUCGUAGGGGGGCCGACGCAACCUGACGAGACCCAAUUCUUCCCAGGUUUUGUAAACAUGGCUGCCGACUGGCGGCUGCCCAUGGAUUUCCAGCCGGAGCUGUGGCAGUACGACAGUGUUUUGAAUAACCAGUUUCCCAACCAAAGUUUAGAAUAA